AUGUCUACACCUACCCUUGAAUCAAGUGUUGUUGAUAUACCCGUGCCAAAUUUUGACUCGAUGAGUAUAAAUACACCUAUACCAGGUCCAUCGCGUACCAGUGACAAGGCAUUGUUCGACAUCAUCUCUAAUGUGGGCAAUAUCACCGGUCUUGCCGUACUGGAUCGCAAGGGACGUCUGCUGGCCGGCAACCUAAAUGUCGAGCACUCACAAUUCAAAGUGAUCAAACAGUUGUUCAAAAUCAAGAAGGCGUCACCAAUCAAGAAUCGCCAGAUCACGCUUGGCUCAACAGUCUACGGCGUGAUCGACCACAACAAGAUGGCCAUCCACUUCUCCACCGUCCCCCCAGAGUUGCUCAACGAGGAGUUGACCAUGAAGGAGAUAUUCUUCAGUUGUAUCAGCAGUAUUAAGAGUCUGACUGGCAAGGGCGAUGUCAAUGGCUCGUCGCGAAGAAUGAACAGCCAGGGUUACAUCAAGUCAUAUCAUCCAAUGCACACUCAAAUGGCAACCGAGCACACCAGUGUCAGUGGUAACAGUUUGAUGUCGGACGAUGAUGAGUUCACCGAGCCACAACAUAGUUGUUUGUUGAUCGAGAGAUGUGGCAAUAAUUACAUCUUGGGAGAGAAUACAAAGUUGGACAAUCGCGAUACCCUGCUCCAACAAAUACGUGACAGUUUCGAGGUGAUCAGUAACUUUGCCACAGACAUCCGUAAUGCAACUAUAACCGAUAUGUAA